CUGGGGGGCGACCCCCAGGGGGGGGGGGGGCACCCUACAAGCGGGCAGGAAGGGGCCCAGCGGGGGGGGGGGGGGGGGGGGGGGGAGGCCGGCGGGGGGGGGACCGGGGGAGGGGCCGGGUGGUGGGGGGGGGGGGGGGAGGUGAGAAGGGGGGGAAAGAAAGGGAAAAGGGGGGGGGGGGGGGGGGGGGGGGGGGGGGAUAUGAGGCGCCGAACCCCCAGUGAAGGCCGGCGGGCGGGCCGCGGCAGCGAGGGGGGGGGGGGGGUUGACAAGAGAGACAGAGCCGGGCAUGCCCCGCAUCGGCGGGGGGGGGGGGGGGGGGGGGGGGGGGGGGGGGGGGGGGGGGGGGGGGGGGCGCCCGGGGGGGGGGGGGCCGCGGGGUUCACCCCCUGGGGGGGUGGGCCGAGGGGGGCGCAAGCAGGGGGGGGGGGGGGGGCGGUAGGGGCGACGGGGUGGAGGCGGGAGCCGCGCGCGCGUCGUUGGGGGGGGGGGGGGGGGGGGGGGGGGGGGGGAGACGACUGUGUGGUUUGUUGUGAUUUAUUGUUUUGCGGGGGCGAGGGGCGACCGGUAGGGCGCGGCCCCCGGGUGGGCCUCCGCGAGUCACGCGGCCGAAGGCCGGCGGGCCGGGGGGGUGGGGGACCACGAGCCCCUGGGGAAGACGCCGCGGGGGGGGGGGACCGCGCGGCUACCAGGCUCCCCGGGACGCGGAAGGGCGCGGCAGCUCCCUCGCCGACGCCCUCGGGGGGGGGGGCGGGAGCAAGGAAGCCGUUAGGCUGCCGCAAGGAAAGACGGCAGUCGAUUGGACGUUCACACGUUUCUCGCAUGCACGUUGAUUGGCCAACAGUUGGACGCAUUGGAGUGAGUUUGUUUGCCUGA